AUGGAGGCCAGUAUGACUGACGAGGAGGGCGUCCGCCGCGGCAUCGUGGAGGCGGCGGUGGAGCACUACUCCCUUCUCUCGGAGACGCAAGACGUGAACGCCAAGGUGGCCGCCGCCUCGGGGAACGCGUUGUCGUGCGUGAAGCGGCUCAACGACUCCCUUGGCAAACUGCAGGCGCUCAGCCAGGCGAUGGCGAGGGUGGGCCAGCAGUGGCGCAGGGAGAAGCAGGUUGUACUGGGCACCGUAGCGCAGCACCAGAAGUUGCUUGCCUUCUUGGAGGCCCCCGCCGUGCUUGACGACUGCAUCCGAAACGAGAUGUACCACGAGGCCCUCAUGGUGCUGGAGCACAUCACGCGGUCCGCCCAGCCCAUGAAGAAGGUGGAGUUGUUUCGCCGCGUUGAGGUGGAGGUGCGCUGCAACUUGGAGCGGGCGCUCACGGAGGUCGUUUUUCCCCGUUUGGCGCAGCAACUGACUGUCGCCUCUGCCGUGAAGGUGACAACCUUCCUGCGCAGGCUCGGGGUCGAGGAGAGUCAAAUACGCCGCCUCUUUCUCUGGAAGCGGGCGGAGUGCAUGGACGGCUUGCUGUGUGAGGCGGAGGAAAGCGGGGUGCCGUACUCUCGCAUUUUUAGGUACCUGGCGGCCUUUAAGGUGCACGUGGGCGAGGCGAUCCUGCAGUACACAGCCUGCUUCUCCCCGACGAUUGCGAGUGGGGCGUGUAGCGAACUUGUUGCCUGGUGUCAUGAGAGGGCGUACGUCUUCCUUGACGGCUUCCGUGCUUCGCUGGAGAAGAUCACCAACGGCUCCGAACUGGCCUCCGUUAUCGAGGAGUGCAACAGCUGCAGCGCCACCGCGACGUUGCUGCACAUGGAUGUUUCAGGGCUCAUCAACGAGUCUCUCAUCUCUCGUGUUAAAACGCUCUUUGCAGAGCAGAUCGCCCUCUCCACGCAAUCCUACACCGCCUCCAUGCUGACGUUUUCGUGGCGACCUUCAACUGGGCUGCAGUGGAGUCCUUCACCAAAACGCGCAGAGCCGACGUCCUCGUCGAGCGCAAGCAUGUCACCCCCAUUGAGCCUUGUGCAGUGGCUGCCGCUUGCCUACGCUUUGAACGGGCUGCUUACUGCGUUUAAUGCAAUUCGCAAGUGUGUUGUCCCCGGCGUGGAGCUGUUUUGCGUCGCCAAGGUGGAAGGACUACUGCAGACAGUCGCAAAGGACCUUGCGCGGGACAAGGAGCUUUUGAUGGCCAUGGAGGAGGGGGGCGAGAAGCAGGUGUAUCUGCUCUUCGUGGGGGCUUUCGUGAAUGACUUUUAUCCGCACGUGCUGGUGUGCAUGCGCGAGCUCCUGGGCGACGAGGCGGAGCGCCUGUUAGCGAACAGCAUGCGGGGAAGUAUUGAGGGCCUCCGCAGUAUUCUUCCCAUGGGAGGUUGCACGACGCCAUGCGCAACCUCGUCGCCGCAGCGGCAGCAGCAGCGGCAGGAGGAGGAGGUGACUGACGCCGCCAGUUUGCCCGCGCGCCCCAAGAGCGACGGCGUCGCCCCCGACGUUGUCGGCACAUGA